AAAAACAAAAUAAAAUGCGUUUGCAUUGCACGCGCGUUAGAAGAGAUUGUAAAACCCUUUUACGGACAAAAAAAUAUUGCAGACAGAGAGAAUUAUUGCACUAUAAGCUGCGGUGAUAGAGGGAAAAAAAAUGAAAUUGAAAUGAGGUCGGAAUGAAAUUGAAAUGCAGAUUCCAUCCAAAUGAAAUUGAAAUGCAUCACAAAUUCACGCGUUCUUGCGAGUAAAGGCAGCAGUAGUGUUAAGCAGUAGUCAUGAAGUCCGUGUAAACAGUCAUACCAGUCGUCGUCCAUAUUUGUAGAGAGAGAGAGAAACGCAAUUUGCUUUGUAGAGAGAGAAAGUAUACGUACAAAAUACUGUCCCGGUGUAUUAUAUCUGCUAAUCACACGAACCAACACACGCAGAGUGGCUAUACUCCCCGCUCCCAAAUUGUUGAGGAUAAGCUUCGGCUAACUUGCGCCGGCCAUUGAAAUGUUUUUCCCCUGAAUUGAGUGAAUAGCAUCCAAAAAUUAAAGUAGGAGAGUGGUGAAAUUCGUAUCAAAAUUGAAGAAAUGGCCGGCGAUAAUGAGGAAGCUAGUACACAGAGGCUUCAAUCUUCAUUCGGAACAUCAUCUUCACUCCCCAAAUUGCAGCAGCACCCCUAUAAUUUGAUGAACCAGCUAGAAAUACCCCAGCCCCAAUUUCGCGGUCUCGUUCGACACUUCUCCCCGAAUAAUUUCACCUCCGAAAAUUCCAACAGAAGGGCCGGCAUUCCACCCUCUCACCCCCAAAUUCCCCCCAUUUCCCCUUAUUCACAGAUCCCGGUUAACCGCCCCGGUAAUUUCAGUACCAGUCCAGGUGGGCCCUCCCACAGCCGGUCACUAUCGCAGCCCUCGUUUUUCGCGCUCGAUUCACUGCCACCUUUAAGCCCGUCGCCUUAUCGAGAGCUAGCUGACAUGUCCAUGGAGGAAAUGGUGAGGGGUGGUAAUAAUUCAUUGAGGACCGGCGAAACCCUUCCUCCACGUAAGGCGCAUAGAAGGUCCAACAGUGAUAUACCGUUCGGUUUUGUAUCGAUCAUGCAAUCUUCUCCGCCGCUUAUUAAGAGAGAGUUGAGCUGCGACAACAAUGGUGAAGGAACGGGGGAGAGGAAAUUCGAAGGGGAAGUUGUUGAGGAUAUAUUCUCGGCUUAUAUGAAUCUUGACAACAUUGAUGCUUUCAACUCUUCGGGCACAAACGAGAACCGAGAAGACUUGGAUAGUCGAGCUAGUGGGACCAAGACUAACGGAGGUGACAGUAGCGACAAUGAAGCGACUAGUAGUGUCAAUGAAAGUGGGGGAAGUGUGCCGAAGAGGGAAGGGUUUAAGAGGAGUGCUGACGGGGAUAUUGCUCCUACGACUCGUCAUUAUAGAAGUAUCUCUAUGGAUAGUUUUAUGGGGAAGGUGAAUUUCGGUGAUGAAUCGCCCAAAAUGCCCCCGUCUCCUGGAGGAAGUCUCGCAGGUCAACUAUCGCCGAGCAAUUCGAUCGAUGCAAAUUCGAAUGCUUUUAGCUUGGAUUUUGGUAAUGGUGAGUUUACUGGUGCUGAGAUAAAGAAGAUUAUGGCGAACGAGAAACUUGCUGAGAUAGCAUUAGCUGAUCCCAAACGAGCCAAAAGAAUCUUGGCCAACAGGCAGUCUGCUGCUCGAUCGAAAGAGAGAAAGAUGAGAUAUAUAGCGGAAUUGGAGCACAAGGUUCAGACAUUGCAGACUGAAGCGACUACGUUGUCUGCUCAACUUACUAUGCUUCAAAGGGAUUCUGUUGGACUAACGAGCCAGAACAACGAGCUCAAGUAUCGCUUGCAGGCUAUGGAACAACAGGCUCAACUCCGAGACGCACUUAAUGAAGCACUGACAGGGGAGGUGCAACGACUGAAGAUUGCAGCUACUGAACUAAGUGGAGACACCUCGAAAUUUCAGCAGCUUUCAAUUAGCGCCCAUAUGUUCCAGUUACGCCAGCAACAACAAACUCAAUACCACCAAUCAAAUGGGGAUACUUCCGAAAAUGAAUCAAACGAAUAGCCUCUCUCCGAGUACUCUAAAUUCUCAAAGCCCGAACACAAACAAGUUGCUUUUGAUGGGUAAAGGCUAUAUUGAGUAAUUACAUUCAUUCAUUAGUUUUGUACCUUCAACUCUAUACAAUUGAGGUGCCAAACACAUGUUCUUUCUCUACUCUUAUAUGUUUGUUUAUCUCCAAUUUUUUUAGUCGAAAAAAAAAACACUAUAGCAUCGAGCUUAUGUGUGAACAUAUUUUAUCCAACAAAUUGGUUUUGUUGUGUCAAAUUUGUUCCGAUUCUUCCAUCGAUCUCUUUUGAGUUGCCAUUGCUGGCAUGGUGACAUUAUUACAUUUUUUUGUAUAUUGCUCGUCGAUGGGCAACUAUUUGUAACUUCGGAUUCGUUUAUUUUAAUGAUAUCUCGUUAUUAUACAAUCUU